CCUCGUGGCGCUGACGUCACAGUACGGGCUAUUUGCAUAUACUGUUUUUCACCGCUUCUACUAGAGUGCGUACCGUGUAUCGCUGCCUAUGCCAACGGGAACUAAAGCGAACGUGUGAGAGAGGGGCACACAGAGAAGAGGGAGGCUUCGUUUUUUUCCCUUCAAAUAAGAGGAAAAUUACCAAACGAAGCCACCAAGUGACAGCCUCCCGCAGUCUGUCUUUUGCAAACCCGUGCACUGCGGCGAGAAUGGAGCUACCCGCCGCGGGAGAACACGUCUUUGCGGUGGAGAGCAUCGAAAAGAAGCGGACUAGAAAGGGCAGAACAGAAUACCUGGUGAAGUGGAGGGGGUGGUCUCCUAAACACAGUACGUGGGAACCUGAAGAGAACAUCCUGGACCCGCGACUCCUAGUCGCUUUCCAAAACAGGGAGAAACAGGAGCAGCUGUUGGGAUAUCGCAAACGGGGACCCAAACCCAAGCACCUCUUAGUCCAGCUACCUGCCUUUGCACGAAGAUCCAGCGUCCUCUCUGGGCUGCAGGGGUCUUCCCUGGAUGAAGACAGUCGGCAGAAAUCCGAUGCCGUCCCAAUGCACAGAUCCCAAACGCAGCAGUACCAGUUAAACAGCAAGAAACACCACCAGUAUCAGCCCAACUGCAAGGAGGGCCAAGUGGAGCAGCAGAUACAUGGAAAGAAGAAAUUUUAUUAUCAGCUCAACAGCAAAAAGCAUCAUCACUAUCAGCCGGACCCCAAGAUGUAUGAUUUACAGUACCAGAAAACCAGAGAAGGCAAAGGUCAAGAAUCUAACAGUCAAGGAUGGAACCUGCCCUCGGCACUGCAAGAGAAAUGGCUUUGUGACAAGGACAUAAGCUUAAACAAAAUCAGCAGUUUGACAGAGGACAUGAAGAAGUUGCCAGGGCAAUUUAAUGGCAGUGAACCAACACUCACCUCAAACAACAAGGAGCCUGUUGUCCCCAAUGGCAUCAGCAGCAAGAUGAAAAUUGUGAAGAACAAAAACAAAAAUGGCCGUAUUGUAAUUGUAAUGAGUAAGUACAUGGAAAACGGCAUGCAGUCAGCUCGGAUUAAGAAUGGAGACCCUAACAGUGCAGAGAGACCAAAUGAUGCGAAGCUAUCAGAAGACAGCAGUGCAGAGAGCUUGUUAGACAAGAUUAAACUUGUCAAGAAACCGGUCCAGGACAAUGGGCUCCCGAAGGAGAAUAAAACUGAAAUGUCAGCCACUCCGUUGCCUCUCACACAGUCUUCUGUGGAACAGGAACAUUCUGCCAAGGAGGAUACUAUUGUUACAGAAGGGGAGAAAACAGAUGAGUGUGGGAGUCAGCCAGAUCUCCCCCAGGAUCAGCCUUUGCAGCUAACUACUAAGCCCAACCUGACCCCCUGGCCCUUUGAGAUGGGUGUGCUCUCACGACUGGACCAUAGCACUAAUCAGCCGGGCCUAAGCACCAGCCCUUCCCUGAAGCGGCAACUCUCUGAGCCUCUGGAGGACAGGGGCAGGUACAAGAAGUUUAUCAGCUCCAGGAGCAUCAGUACCCCCAGCUCUGUGUCCUCGGUGCCCCAGACCAAGCCCAUGGACCUGAAUCUCAGCAGCUUCCACUGUAGCAAAGGCCCGGACUGCGACUUUCUAGACUCCAUUCCAGAGGAGCCAAUCGACCUCAGCUGUGUGAAGCCCAGAGCAGAAGCAAGUACACCCCCCAAGUCCCUGACGCCUGUGGACCAGGCAAAAGCAACAACAGCAGCAGAGGCAGAGGACCCCAAGCCGUGUUUUAAACCUUUCCUGGGGAAUAUCAUUAUUACUGACGUCACUGCAAACUGUCUUACUGUGACAUUUAAAGAAUACAUCACUGUUUAACAUACUGACUACAGAGAAACGGAAGACUACUGACUUUAAUAUGUGGAGGAAUUGAUCUGUGAUAGGAAAGUAGAUAACGUUAUUGAGACAUGUUGUGAAGCUCUCUGACAUUGCAGGGGUAACUAUAAGGGGUGCCCUCAUGAUUGUGAAUGUAUUUGCUCAGUAGGCUUAAAUAAAUUACUUUAAAAUUCUUUUUUGAUAGAAUACAUUCUAAUGGUACGAGUUUGACCAUUAUUGCAAAUUAGAAUAUACCAAACAAUUAUUUGGAUCUUCUAAUACUUAAUGAUGUCCUUAUUUCUAAUUAAGGAAUAUGAAGCUAAGUUGGUAGUUAUCAGUGGACAUCAGGGAUCAGGAAAAAAGCACUUACGUUUGUACAGAAUAUACUUUUUAUGUAUUUGCGUUUUUUUGUGUAUGGCUUCCAUUAGACCUUGAUGAUGAUUAUUGCUUUACAGGCCUUGUUUUGGAAGUUGGUCAAAUCAAAAAGGACUGUGCUUUCUGCACGUCUUUGUGUCAUUUCUCUUUCUGCACGUCUUUGUGUCAUUUCUCUUUCUGCAGUGGGGGUGUUGUAGGUCACACAUUGUCACGUACGUACAUAUGCAUGUGCAGAAGGUGGUCAGAUGCGAAUGUCAUGACCUGAUGUAUAGCUCAGUAGUGUUACUUCCAUGGCCACCAAGCAUUGUAGGAUUUUCUUUUCUUCAUGAUCUCUAAGUAUAGAAAGGGUUCUUGGUUCCAAUUAGCUGUCAGAACAGACACAUUGCAACAUUCUCUGGCAUAGGCAAGGAGUUGAUAUGAAAGAUAAAUUAUGUUAUUAGUAUUUUUUACUCAGUCACCUAAACUAUUAAAACUAUCCAGGAGAAAGGUCUUCAUGAAGAACAUACUUCACUAAUUCUGGGAUUGCAUACAGUGAUAACAAUUUAACAGGUUUUAAAACCUAUUUAGAGAUGCCUGGAAAAUGUAUAUAGAUAUAAUGUAAGAUCCUUGAAUGUAACCUCUGCUGAUUCAAAGUUUAAAGAUGAUUUGGCAUCUGUAAGAUGCGUCACUUUAAAAAUAAAUUAAGGCACUUCUGUCAUAGUGUUGUGGUUAUUUUUCUGUUUCAGAAUAAGUGGUGGUUAAGCAUGGCAGUUUGCCAGUACCAUGGACUUUGUAUGCAACUUGGACUAAGAAAAAAGGGCCUUUUUCUGUUACACAUCAUGACUUUGGUAGUUGCUGAAGUGGUGAAAUUCUGUUGAGAGAAGGUACCAAAACUGUCCUCCAAAUGUUGCGUCAGGACAGGUGUUGACCAAGGUUAUAUUCGUAAUGAUGACCAUUAGACCAAACUGCCUUUGCACUUUAACUGAUUUAGAUUUACUGCUAACAUCAUUAAAAUGACUUUCAGUGAAAAGCUCACCAAUUGACUGUGGGGAAAAAACAAACAAACAUGACAUCCUAUUAGGAAUUCAAGUACUUAUGAGUCAUCUGUCAUAGUCAGUGUUUCUCCCAAAUGAGUUUUAUGUUCUUUCUGACUCUAGUUUACUUUUCAGUGGCCUUUUCAUCUCUGAACUGAGUUUAAUUGCCUUUAGGAAGUAUACAGUCAAUGCACUGUGUACCGGAAACAUUUUUUCAAUCUGUUGUAAUCUUUCAAAGGUCAGUUGUCAUAUGUUUUUUUUUUUGUUUUUGUUUUUGCACUUGGUUGCUCAGUUUUAAACAGUGAAACUGCUUAAAGGGGGUAAAUUAGCACUUUGUUUUGUUAAGACUGAACUGGAUGACUUUUAUUAUAUGUUUUGCAAUAAAAAAAAGCAAGGAAGGAAA